AAGUUUUGAAUAUACCAUGGUCUGAUUUACUGCAGGCAUCACAUGCCCUUAGCAGCUGCAAACAAACAAAUUGUUUAUAAAGCCCACAAACUGUUGGAGGAUUUGACGAAAAGAAUCAAACAUGGAGGAAUCUGAGGAUUUUGGACUUUCUCUAACAGGGUUAUUUUUUGAAAGACCAACUUCAAACAAAGUGUUUGAGGACCAAACACUAAAAAGUUGGCUACAUGCACCAGUUCCUUCUAUUGCUGAAAUUCCACUUACUCAAGAUCUUCAAAAAGAGCUAACAGAAGUGAAAUCAGCAGCAAGUAAACCAAAACCAAAAAUUUUUACACCACCAUUUAAAAAAAUACAUGCAAAAGAAAACUCUUUUCCAUUGACACAUGCCUCCCUGUAUGGAAUUAAUUUGAACGCUAACACGAUGCCAAAGACAGGAUAUGCAAGUCCAAGGAAUGUGUCAUUAACAUUACCCUGGUUUACAUAUGGUGAGGAUGAGCUUCAACAUACUGAUUUUCCAGAAUCUCGACAGAGGUCUUUUGAAGACAACAUUGACACAGCCAAAGAUGACUGUAUUAGUGAUUUUAAAAAAAGUUUGUUUGAAAACGAUUCCUUGGAAAUUGAAGAACAGCUUGCGGCAACAGAGAGUAACAGUUCAGAAACCCCAGAAUCAAUACUCGAAGCAGACUAUAAUAAAUGCCUUCCUCGACUUGCAUCAUAUAACAUACUUAAGGACAGCAAUUGCUUUUUUCAAGAUGAUAAAAUAAUUCAAAAAGCAAGCAAUUUACCACCAUCUUUAAAAUCCAUUGGAUCAACAGAUACAACCCAGUCUGCAAUAUUAAAACCUGUUACUGAAAUUCCUAAACAGUUUAGGAACAUUUUCAAAGAGUUCCCUUAUUUUAAUUAUAUACAGUCUAAAGCCUUAGACGAUCUUCUUUAUUCAGAUAAAAACUUUGUUAUUUGUGCUCCAACUGGAUCUGGGAAGACCGUAAUAUUUGAACUAGCAAUUACAAGAUUAUUAAUUGAAGCACCAAUGCCUUGGUCUAACAUUAAAGUUGUAUAUAUGGCACCCAUGAAAGCUUUAUGUGGUCAACGAUUUGAUGACUGGAAAGAAAAAUUUGGACCCAUUGGGCUAAAUUGCAAGGAGCUCACAGGAGAUACUCAGAUGGAUGAUCUUUUUGAGAUUCAGCAUGCUCACAUUAUUAUGACAACUCCAGAAAAAUGGGAUACCAUGACCAGGAAAUGGAGAGAUAACACUUUGGUUCAACUUGUACGUCUAUUUCUUAUUGAUGAGGUGCACACAUUGAAAGAUGAAAGUCGAGGAGCGACUCUUGAAGUUGUAGUUAGCAGAAUGAAAACAAUGCAAUCUUCUAUUUCACGGAUUUCCAAGGAAUCUGAACUACAUGUACCUAUAAGAUUUGUGGCAGUCUCUGCAACUAUUCCAAAUGCUGAAGAUAUUGCUGAAUGGUUGUCAGAUGGAAAACAAUCUGCCAUUUGUAUGAAAAUGGAUGAAACACAACGACCUGUAAAGCUUCGCAAAGUAGUUCUAGGGUUUCCUUGCAGCAAUAACCAAACAGAGUUUAAGUUUGACUUGACCCUUAACUACAAAAUUGCUGGUGUAAUACAAACAUAUUCAGACCAGAAACCAACUCUUGUAUUCUGUGCUACAAGGAAAAGUGUGCAACAGGCAGCUGCGAUUCUUGCAAAAGAUGCCAGGUUUAAUAUGGGUAUUGAACAUAAACAAAGGCUUCGAAAGACAGCUGGUUCAUUAAAAGAUGCUAAACUCAGGGAUCUAUUUUUAUAUGGUGUUGGAUACCACCAUGCUGGGGUGGAUGUGUCUGACAGAAAAAUAAUUGAAGCAGCAUUCACAAUGGGAGACCUGCCUGUUCUUUUUACUACCAGCACUUUGGCUAUGGGAGUUAACCUACCAGCUCAUUUAGUUGUUAUAAAAUCAACAAUGCAUUAUGCUUCAGGGAUGUUCCAGGAAUAUAGUGAAACAGAUAUUUUACAAAUGAUUGGAAGAGCCGGACGGCCUCAGUAUGAUACCACAGCAACAGCAGUUAUUAUGACAAGGAUAAACACAAGAGAGAAGUAUGUACACAUGUUAGAUGGUGCAGACACAAUAGAAAGCAGUUUGCAUAGGCAUUUAGUCGAACAUCUAAAUGCAGAAAUAACACUGCAUACCAUCACAGAUGUUAAUAUUGCUUUGGAGUGGAUACGAUCAACUUUUCUAUACAUCCGGGCUCUGAAGAACCCCUCUCAUUAUGGUUUUUCAAAAGGAUUAGACAAAAUGGGAAUUGAAGCAAAAUUGCAAGAACUUUGUUUGAAAAAUCUGAAUGAUUUAUCUUCUGUGGGAUUAAUUACGAUGGAUGAAGAGAUAAAUUUUAAGCCAACAGAGACCGGAAAGCUAAUGGCAUCAUACUAUAUUGCAUUUGACACAGCAAAGUUAUUUCACAGAAUUAGUGGAAUGGAAACUUUGUCAGAAAUGAUUGCAAUGAUAUCAACAUGCAAUGAAUUUUCAGAUCUACAAUUAAGGAUGAGUGAGAAGAAGAUAUUGAACACUUUGAAUAAAGACAAAAACAGGGCAACUAUUCGGUAUCCAAUGGAGGGAAAGAUCAAAUCUAGAGAAAUGAAAGUGAAUUGCCUUAUACAGGCCCAGCUUGGAUGUCUACCUGUUCAAGAUUUUUCACUGACACAAGACAUGGCGAAGAUUUUCAGGCAUGGCACCAGAGUUACUAAAUGUUUGUCUGAGUUUUUAGGGUUGCAAGAAAAUAAGUUUUUUGCAUGUUUAAAUGCAUUGAUCUUGGCAAAGUGCUUCAGAUGUAAGCUAUGGGAAAACUCAUCACAUAUAGCUAAACAACUUGAAAAAAUUGGUGUCUCAUUGUCCAAUGCUAUGGUUAAUGCUAAUCUCACAACAUUUAAAAAAAUAGAAGAUACCAAUGCAAGAGAACUUGAGCUGAUUGUCAACAGACACCCUCCAUUUGGAAAUCAAAUAAAAGAAUCAGUAAUGCAUCUCCCAAAGUAUGAAAUUGGAUUUGAGCAGCUAGCACGAUACAGCCCAACUGUGGCGGAAAUUGUUAUCACCAUUCUGCUUACAAACUUCGAGCAAUUACUAAAGAAGAGAACAGCCUCUGAUUCACACCAUGUAACACUUAUAAUCGGAGAUGCUGAUAAUCAAGUAAUUUUUAAGCAGAAGAUUAUGGAUUCUGCUCUGUUAAAAACUGGAAGCUGGACAAGAAAAAUUGAGAUAAAAAGAGCUUCCAAAUCAGAGGAAAUUAGUGUAAAUCUCAUUAGUUCUGAAUAUGUUGGCUUCGAUAUUCAGCAAAGUUUCAGUAUUUUUUAUCUUGGUCCAAAAAGAUUUGGCACUGAAAUGAUGGAUCAGCAGAUUUCUCAAGCUACAAAGUCUAAUGCAAGCGACCAAAUUUAUUCUAAAACUGGAUAUUCCAGCUCACAGACGGCAAUAAAAAUUGGAAUGAGAGAAUGCAAUCAUCAUUGCCGAAAUAAAGAUGCUUGUGGACACGACUGCUGUAAAACUGGAGUUUCUCAUAAGGCUGACAUUAAGACAAAUGCAAACUUUGCUUCCUACCUAAGUGAUCUAAGGAGUCGAAAUUCAGUUUCAUCGGCUCCACCAGUAAAGAGACUAAAGAUGCAAAUGGAAAACAAAAGUGAAAAUUUGAAUUUUCAGAAGUUUGUAUUCUCACCUAAAGCAUCUAUGACAACAUCAAAAUGGUCAACAAGCUUGAAAAGGCCAGAAAAAUGUGCAAUCCAACUAGAUCAUAGCACCGCAAAUUAUACACAUUCACCACAAGAUGGCGCAGCAUGGAAAUACUCAGAAAGUGCAAGUUAUGAAAAACAUGAAACUUUACCAUCAGCAAUAAAAACUGCAAGGAGUAAUCUCACUGAUGCAGACAAAAGCAAUUCAUGGCCUGCAAAGUCUUUGAAUAUAACUUUUGAUUUAGGAAAUGAUGUAUGGGCUGAUUUUGAUGAUGACAAAUUAAUAGAUGCUAGCAAUAUUGGAAGUCCAGUGGAGAAAGGAAAAGGAAAUUACAGCAAGGUGAGGAAAUUUUCUGAAUUCCUGUCUAAUCCAUGGCAGCAUCACGAUAGGGUAAUACCCAUGCUCAACUCAGAGGAGGGAAAUAAAAACCAAGACCAACGUAUAAUGCACAAAAUAAAUUCCCUAUUUGAUCAGAAUCAUGAAACUAAGGAAAGGACAUUCCGUCCAAACUCUGUGGCCAUUCGGGACCACACAUCCAAGGCAUAA